CUAGGCCUAGGCGGAUUGGGUCUUGGAGGCGUCGGGCUCGGAGGUCUCGGACUAGGAGGCGUUGGACUCGGAGGUGUUGGACUCGGAGGUCUGGGACUAGGAGGCGUUGGCCUUGGUGGCUUCGGUCCAGGACUCGCCGUCGGCGCAGGGCCCGUGGUUGCCGCGCCAGUGGCCGUGGCAGCCCCAGUGGCAGCACCUGUGGCUGUUGCAGCACCUGUCGCUGUCGCGAAACCUGUGGCAACCGUGUCGUACGUGAAGCAGCCUGUGGUGCGCGUCAGCUAUGUGACCAAGCCGGUGGUCAGCUACGUUAGGCAACCGGUGGCCUCGGUCUCACACACUAUCAGGCCCGUGGUUACAUACAGCGCAGGUGGUGUCGGGGCUGCUGCAGCUUUGGGCAGUCUAGGCGCUGGGGGUCUCGGAGGCCUGGGCCUGGCCAAUGGACUUGGCCUUGCAGGUUUAGGAGGCGGCCUUGGAGGAGGACUCGUAGGUCUUGAUGGUCUCGCAGGCGGGUUUGGAGGCGGAGUUGGAGGCCUCGGCGCUGGACUGGGCAGCUAUGGCUACGGGCCUGUCGGCGUCAAGAAGGGAUACAUUCGUCGUCGCUAGAUGCGUCAUGAGCUCUUUGUUUACCUGGACGUCGUAUGCGUCAGAGCCUUGCGGCGCAAACCGCUCAUGUCAACGUACUGCACUUUCUACAUUUGUGUAAAUGUCACCCUCAUUUCGAACAUGGCAUGGCUAGUCGCAGAAUAAAAUGUA